UUGGACAGUCUUCUUUUCGAAUUGUUCGAUUUAUUUUUUUAAUCAAAAAUUUUUUAUUUUAUUUUAUUUUUAUAUUAGGAAACUGUUCAAUUUGGGAUCUGUCCGAUCCUUCCCACUUGUCUGCUGCCUACCUGUUCCUCCCCCUCUCCCGGGCACGACAGUGCAUGCCACUGCUCACUCGAUCACAGACCAAGACCAUGGACCGGAAGGCGGGAGAAUCCCUCCUGGCCUACGAGGAACGCCUGGCGGCAUUCAUUCAGGAGGCCAACGAUAGGGCCGCCGCCGCGGCCAAGGAACGUAAUCAGAUUGAGCAAGAAGAGGAGGCCAAGCGACGGAAGGAGGAACAGGACCGACUUCGUCAAGAGGAGGCAGACCUGCAGGCGGCAGCCGAACACCGGUCACGCCAGCGGGAACGACUGUUCACGCGGGAGACCGUGAUCGGAGAUGAGACCUUACAUUGGGUGGAAAUGGCAUCUGCCGACGGGGCCCCGGAGACUGAGAAAGGGCUGUCAGCCCUUGCGCAGGUCUCUCACUACCUCAUGGCCACCUGCGCUCUACAGCAGGAGGAAAUCCUUCACCUGCAGCAGACAGUGGACCAGAUGCUCGCACGGCUGCAGGCGUUGGAGAAACAACCAGCCGCUGUAGCAGCCGCAAAGCCUUCCAACCUUUCCACCCGCAUUCAAGUUUUGGAGGACGACGUCAGCAAUAUUAAGCGUGUGCAUCAGGACUUUCGGACGUCGCAGCAAGCAACGAACUUGCAGUUGGAGACGCAGGAUCCGUACAUGGAGAAGUUGGCGGCAGCAAACAACUGCUGUGUGGUGCUUUCAUCAGCUUCGUUCACUUGUCUGAUAAAUAACCAUCCUGUGGGCUACAGCCAGUCAUGGGAAUUGCCUAUUAUUGUCCGCGAGUGCUUUUUGCACGGUGUCACAGGGAUGCUGGACAGUGAAGAGGUGAUUGACAAGGAUGCCUCCAAAGGAGAUACAUCCCAGCAGCCUUCUUCCAGUCUACGAGUUGAUGGCAAGAGCAGUCCGGGUGAAAUGCAUGUGGGGGCGUCAGAAUCAUUUUCAUUCCAACAGCAUGGUGAGAGUGCAUGUAUUGAUAGCGGCAUGAAUCCGCGCUGCACCAAGGUUGUUAGCAGCAUGAGUCCAGGCAGCAUGAAGGUUGUUAUGGUGGACAAGCCGUUGCUCCAGAAGAAACUCACGCUUCGCCAGAAGAAUGAGCUGUAGUAAGUCACUGACUUCUCGUUCACACUCUACCUUCUCUUGUUCCAUCACUUCUUUCCAUCAUUCUUGAGUCUUGUCCCAUUGCUGAUGGGAUGAAAAAUGGAGACUACAGUCUAGUCCCACACUCUUUUCCUAUCCCUGAAUCUCUGUUUUUACUGUUCGUAUAUCCGUUUGAUUAGAUUCUGCAUAAUAGCUAGUAUAUUAUGACUAUACUAAGAAAAAAGAACAAUCAGGCCAUCUCUGUGCUGGAGUGCUCCCUUUGGAAUGCCUGAUCUCGUGGGCAUCCUUGCAGCUUCUUUCACCAAUCUGCCAGUGGUAGGUGUGACAUUUGUCCCUAAAAGAGCAAGUUGGGACCAAGGAGAUGACACAGCUAGAGAGAGAGAGAGAGAGAGAGAGAGAGAGAGAGAGAGAGAGAGAGAGAGAGAGAGAGAGAGAGAGAGAGAGAGAGAGAGAGAGGUGGGCCGGGGGAGGAUACAUUUUUCAUGGCCCUUGUACUACAGGAAUGGAAAGUGAAACAAAGUGUAAAAAGCAAG